AUGCAGCGGGUCGCGGCGCGGCUGGUGGCCGGGCUGCUCGCAGCGGCGCUGGGGCUGCUGCAGGCGGACGGCGGGGAGACCGGCCUCGCAGAGCGGGUCAUCUGGGCCGUGAACGCCGGCGGGGAGUCGCAUGUGGACGUGCACGGCAUUCACUUCAAAAAGGACCCGCUGGAGGGGAAACUGGGGAAAGCGUCUGAUUAUGGGGUACGUCUGCCGAUACUACGCUCCAGUCCAGAGGACCAGAUCUUGUACCAGACAGAGCGCUAUAAUGAAGACACUUUUGGAUACGAUAUUCCCAUUCGCGAUGAAGGAGACUAUAUAUUAGUCCUGAAAUUUUCAGAGGUUUACUUUGCACAGUCGCAGCAAAAGGUGUUUGAUGUCCGCCUUAAUGGCCACGUAGUGGUAAGGGACCUGGAUAUCUUUGAUCAAGUGGGUCACAGUACUGCUCACGAUGAAAUCGUGCCCUUCUCUAUUAGACGAGGGAAGCUGAGCGUGCAGGGAGAGGUUUCCACUUUCAACGGCAAGCUCACGGUGGAGUUUGUAAAGGGUUACUAUGACAACCCCAAGGUCUGCGCUCUCUAUGUUAUGAAGGGGACUUUAGAAGACGUGCCAAAGCUGCAGCCACACCCUGGUUUGGAGAAACCAGAGGAAGAAGAGGUAGAUGAAGAAGAACCUGAAGGAGGCGAGGAAGGCGGGAAGAAAAAGGUCUCGGCGGCCUCUAAGCCCCGGGUCCAGUCGGGCCCACGAACACCGAACCCUUACGCCGCUGACAACAGCAGCCUCAUGUUCCCCAUCCUGGUGGCGUUCGGGGUCUUUAUCCCCACACUGUUCUGCCUCUGCCGGCUGUGAGCUCCAACUGACAGCUGUAGAGGGGUCGCCAGGAGCUUUGAGACGGACUUUGAGGGGGAACUUUGACUUUGAGAGAGCGGGGGAGAACGGGGGCAGCAGAGGUUCAAGGUGGCAACAGCAGGACGGGUUACAGCGAACACCACGGUGAGACGGCUGACGGCUCGGGCAGAAUCAGGACAACGCAGGAGAGAAAAACAGCCGCGUACUCUUUGGAAAGCCACUGCCAGAUGAAACAAACGCUGCUGUUGUGAGAAAAGAUGUUUGAAGUGUGUGCUGUGGGCUUCUUUGAAUGUGUUUCGCAUCCACCUCUGCUGACCCUUUUUGAACAUUGUUAGUCAUUUCCACUCGGAGGCUGGGCACCAUUUACAGAUGCCCGCGUUUAUGAGUUGAAACAACAUUUCUGCAGCUAAGAGAUGCUCAGGAGGGAUUGGU